GGAUGACCUAAUGUCAGCCUACUUCCGUGAUAAUUAUCCUAUAUAACCAUCCUCGUGCUUCCAAAUCAUGUCUAGUAAAUCCUUCAGUAUCAUCGUCGUUUCAUCUACAACCCUCGAUGUCCCCUCCAACCGAACGCUUCAAGAAGCUUUCACUAGAAGGCAUGCCUCCCGUAACUCGUCUCCAGAGCCAGAGGCUACAGGCGGAAGACUCGAGCUCCGAGUCUGAGACCGAGCCGGACUUCGACUUCGAUGAUGAUGGUUACAUGACGUCCCCGUCGAACCUCAGAUACUCACUUGACCUACUAGAUGAUGAGACCCGAGACAACAUCACGAGGGCUAUAGAAGUCCCUUCUCAGUUUGUGUUGCGUGGCUGCCAAGCCGGAGACCAACGCUGCCUUUUCUUGAUAACAGAACCGAUAGAAUAUACGAUCCGGACUGGGAUGGAGGACAGCGGCUAUGGAGUUCCAAGUUGUACCUGUGAGAGUGGUGAGCGUGGCGAGUCACCUUGCCGCCAUAUCCUCUGGCUGUUUGAUCAAAUCACUAGCCAGGUGCUAAGUGUCCAGAGGGGUCCCUUCACUCUAUCUCAACACGGCAUCGCGACGGAGCUCGGGAAUCCAUAUGAUGCCAUAUCUGAUUUCCAUCUCGAUAUGCUAGCGGAUAGCCUCCAUUGCGAUGUUGUCGGCCAGUCACCAGAUCCAAACCCUAGGCGGAUCCAAGAAUCACGGGAGAUGCUCGCCUCCCUCAACGAGGUCCCCAUCGACGAGUACCGCCCGGAUCUAUUCGACAACCCUAGGAAGGGCAAAAAAGUCAUCAAAAGAGGCGACCUGGAACAGACAAUAUUUCGCAUGCUGCUCUGCAAUGACGACUUCUUCCAAUACUUCCUAACAUCGAUGCGCGCCGACGAGCUCAACAAGAACCGGUUUCGGAGUCUUCAGCACCGAGCGGACGCGGCACUCGCUGGCUUACAACAGUAUUCGGAAAACCCGCAUCUACAAAAUGUCGCUCAGCCGAAGAAUGUGGAAUGGUGCGCAAUGCAUCUGGCCAUGGUAACACACCAAAUCCACUCCGUCAUCCAUAACACCGACCGGCCGCUCGAGACUUGGGAGCUGCGCGCGGCUGCACGUACCGCCAUCCACGCCCUCGAGCAAGUCGUCGACCAUAACGAGGACGUCGGCCCUCCCGACCUACCAAAGGAAAAGCGCAACCUAUUCUUCCGGCUAGUCGGCGACCAAGACCGCAACUUCGCUGUAGAUGUUCUAUCCUCUAUCCCACCGCAGGUCCUUAGUCUUUGGAUAGACGAUCUGACGGCGAUUCAGGAGAAGAUCUCCGAGCUCGGCGCACCAGACUCAUAUAUCACGCGAUUGAGCUCACUCGUAAACCAUUUACGCUCCCACAGGACAGCUACGGGUUCGAAGAGGACAAGCCAGGGGCAGGAUCGCAGGGCGAAGAGGAUGAAGUGAGCUGGCUUACUUCGUUUCUAUUUUCCCACAUACAUAGGCGCACAACUUCACCUAGUGCUUUCACAUAACUAACGAGCAGGUAUUCUUGUUACCGGAACCAUGUGCGCGAACAAUGUACCUACGAGAAACUUGAUCUGAUCUCACGACAGAUACU